AUGAUCAAUCCAUAAAUAACCAACCUGACAAAAUAAUUAAAAAUAAAGGAUGAUGCAAUUCAAAAAGCAUAUUUAAUUAUAGAAGCUCAAUAAAAAGAGAUUUUGAAUUUGUAAUAAUUUGUGUAACAUUCUGAAAAAAAAUAAUCAAAAUCAAGAAAUGUAAGCAAAUCAAUGCAUAAUAUCAAUCUACAAACAUAAAUCGAAAAUUAUAAACAAGAAAUUAAUAAUUUCCUUGAGUAUGAAAUAAUGAUUGAAUACUUUUUUCAUAAUCAAUUAAAAAAUCAAUAAGUUAUUGUAAGCAACUCAAAGAUAACCGAAUUAAAUGUUGAAUUGGAAUAUUGGUAAAAUUUAUAUUAAGAAACAAUGAAAACAUUAGAGAAGGCAAUUAAAAUAAACAAUGCUUUAGAAUAAUAAAAUUUAGAAUUAUAAUAGUAUUUAGAGUAAGUUGUUUAUGAAAAUAAACUUGCCAGAUAAUUCAUCUAAUAAUUAACUAAAUCUGAAAAUAAUUCAAGCUAAUAGGUCGAUGUAUUGGAUUUUAUUAGCUGUUCAUCAAUAGAAGCACUAAAUUAAUCCUUUUAAACAUUCUCAAGUUUUAUCUCGGAAGUAGUAGUAUGUGCUACUACAAAAUUUAAAUUGAAAUAAUGCGAUGAAACAUAUCAGAUCUCUGAUUUUAAAAAAGAGAUUAAACAACUUCAAUCUACUUCUUUGUAAUAUGAAGUUUUAUUACAAGAGAUAAUUAAUAUAUUGGGAAUCAAUUUGGAUUAAAGAUCAUUUUUAUAAUACCAGAGCCAAAUUGUAAAAGAAAUUAAAAGUUUAAAAUUUUAAAUCCUAACUCAUUACGAAUCAAAUAAAGAAAAUGAAAUCAACUAAAGCAACAUACAUUUAAAUUUCUAAAAGUUGUCUACAAUAAUAAAUUAGUUUAAUAUGAUUUUCAAUUAAAUCCUGUAAAAUAUUAAAGAGGAUCAAAAAAUGAAUGAAAUAUUAUCUUAGAUUCUUAAUUUAAUUAAUCUACUUUUUAAUGAAAUUACAGAGAGCAAGCUUGUUAAUGUUAAAUUAUUAAAUGGUUUAAACAGUUCUUGUAGGCAGCUCAGAAAUAGUUACUAAAAAUGA